AUGCCAGACUUCUGGUAUUCGACUUCCAGAGAAUUUCUCAAUCCAUUGCACAUGAACGAAAUCGUAGCUGAGUACGACAUUGAUCCAACGAAGCCCGCUCUAGAUCCAAGCCGAUUCCAAUUAGCAAAGCGAAGCGGAAGAUAUUACACGUGCGAGGAAUGGCCACCUCGGAGUUUCGUAGAAGGUGGAAUUGGUACUCCAGGCCAAGGAGUUACACCUGAAGGCGAUGGAUCAGCAGGAUCCACGAUCUGCGCCCCAAUGGCUAUAACGAAUGGAUGUAAAAAAGGCCAGACUAUUCCUGCGAGCGACAAGAAAUGGUCAGAGCAAAACUGGCAAGGCGUCACGCAUUCUGCACUCCAAACCAGCCUCAGAAAACAUGCCAAAAACGAGUUUAGUUUGACCGAUUCUCAACUAGAUGACAGAGCAAUGAUAAUCACCCUGUUAUUCGAAAACGAUGCCAACCUGGCUCCUGCUGGAUACAGGUUUGGUCCUGGCCAAGCAACAAUCUGGAGCGUUGGUAUCAGUCAUCGAUCUGACGACCACGAUAUGAGUGACAUUGGCCACCUCAGCCCUGAAGACAAACUACGGUAUAUGGCAAAUAUCACGAUUCGCGAUGUCAAGGAAUGGGGAGGCAAUACAUUUGAAGUUCACGUCAAUGGCUCCUACACUGAAACAAAGAUUGCGGCUUCGAAUUAUGCUGCUUCGGGUGGAGAGUAUGGAUUCGGGGCGAUCAAUAUGGUCGCGAAUGGUUCGGAUUCAUCGACUGGGGCCGGACACGACCUUUCUCAAAAUUCCACCCUUCUGCCAGUAACGGGACACAAGACAGGACAGCACUUCCGCUCGCCACAGGCCGUAGACAUUCUCGACCUUGGCACUGCCUAUAUCUUGGGCAAUAUCGAGGGUCAUGGUGCUUCUACACAUGAUAACUCGACUAUGGGACUUAACAGCACAACACCUGUGGGGUUCAACGACACGACUCUACCCUCUGGCGAUCUCCAAAGCCGGCGGCUAAGCUGGUCGCAUGCAAACGGCAGGCAUCGUGCACUCCACAAGACUGCGCGAUCGCCACCACUCCCAGGCAAGACAGAUAACACUGGCAUCACAAGAUUUGCACCCCUUCACAAACGCGAUGGGCCAAUACAGUGUGGUCCCGGGUCACCCUGCAAGGAUGACAGCUGCUGUAGUGCAGACGGCAAGUGCGGCUUCAAAGAGGCUCACUGUGGUGCUGGUUGCCAGUCUAACUGUCAAGCGAAGGCUAUGUGUGGCAUCGACUCUGCGGAUGGCAGCACACCAUGCGCGCUGCGUCUCUGCUGCAGCUACUACGGUUGGUGCGGAACAGAGACGGUACAUUGCCAUGAUCCAGAGCCGCAGUUUGGCAAAACACCCUGCCAGGCGGGUUAUGGAUCAUGCACGAUGUAUGCACCGCCUUCAUGCAGUGGAAGAUCUGCAUCUUCAGGGCGCAAGGUUGGUUACUACCAAGGAUGGAACGUUCGUGAUCGGAAAUGCGAUAAAGUCAGCCCGUCGCAGAUUAACACUAACGGCCUCACGCACCUCUUCUAUUCUUUCGUCUUCUUCGACCCGAACACAUUCCAGAUGAAGCCUAUGAACCCGGAUGAUGCGAACGACUACAGGGAUUUCACAUCUCUAGCUUCAAAUACACUCCAAACCUGGGUAGCUAUCGGCGGAUGGUCUUUCUCGGACCCCAGCGAAUAUCAGAUGGCAUGGAGCGACAUGGUUUCCACAGCGUCAAACCGAGCAGCUUUCAUCAGGUCACUGAUUGAAUUCAUGGACACAUAUGGAUUUCAGGGUGCGGACCUUGAUUGGGAAUACCCUGUUGAUGAGAAACGUGGUGGACGAAAGGCUGAUGCUGACAACCUUGUACUCCUUGUACAGGAGAUGCGAGCUGCUUUUGGCUCUCGUUACGGCCUGUCUCUAACAUUAGCACCCGACUAUUGGUACUUGCGUGGCUUCAAACCCAAAGCCAUGGAGCCAUAUGUCGACUUUAUGGGCUUCAUGGCUUAUGACCUGCACGGUCCUUGGGACACUGAUGUGAAGGCCCUCGGUUCCAUUGUCCGACCGCACACAGAUAUCACAGAGAUAUACAACAAUCUCAAGCCUCUUUGGUUCGAUGGCGUAAACCCUGCAAAGAUCAAUCUGGGCUUGGCAUACUAUGGCCGCACAUACAAGCUUGCUGAUGCAUCUUGCGGUACAAUGAACCAAUGCAAAUUCACUGGACCAGGUGCAGCUGGAGAGUGUACGGCAUUCGAAGGAGUCUUGUCCAACCGAGAAAUCAGAGACAUGGUCAAUAACGGUGCCACACCGUAUCUAAACAGGACUGCAAUGGUAAAGUAUAUGAACUAUGCUGGCGACAGCUGGGUCGGCUAUGACGAUGCCGAAACCAUCGCGAUGAAGGAGGAUUUUGCUAACUCCAUGUGCCUUGGUGGUACAAUGAUCUGGUCCAUCGAUUUUGACGCAAGUGUUGGCGCCGGUGGAGGUUCUACUGGCGGUGGCGGAGGUUCAGAGCUCGUCUGGGUUGAUCCUUCGAUUUGGAACACGGACAAACCUACUGUAACAUGUGAGUUUCCUUGCACGGUAGUCCUACCGCCGUAUACAAAGGUCACGACCACCCAGCAGUACCCUCCUGUCAUCGUGACAGAGUCCGGCUUUACUACCACUGUUACACGGCCGCCAAUAACGGUCUCAGUCAUCUGGAUCUCUACGCUGGUCGUCGGAGGCGGAAGCGGACAAACUACAAACCCCAAUGUACCUGCAACAGUCACCACUGGCCUUACACUGUACACCACACCAGUAUGGCCGAGCUUUACUGUUGUAGAUCCAGCUGGUAAAACCAUAACAACCAGUGCAUCCGGAUCUCCACCUCCUUUUCCACCCGAGUACACCUCUGGCAUUGGAAACAUCACGUUCGUUUCUGGGCUCCCACCGCGACCUACAACUACUCCCUACUCAACACCCUGCCCUUACACCACUGCUGCCAUGCUUUGUCCACCCUACAUCGAAGAGAACACCGAUGAUGGUGACGAAGGAGAAGACGAAGGCUGCAAAGGCGACGAUUGCGACCCAGACGGCGGUGGCGGUGGUGGCGGCGGCGGCGGCGGCGGUGGAUGCAAACUAGGCCUGCUCUGUGACAUGUGUGUUGGUGUUCACUGCAUCAAAUGUCUGGACCUCAACUGUUUCAGUUGCCGUGGUCCUGCUUGCAACAUCUGCAGUGGUGCCAAUUGCGUCGGCUGUAAAGGCCCCACAUGCACAACUUGUCAAGGCAAAGACUGCAACGCAUGCAGCAAGCCCAACUGUAAAACCUGCAUAGGGUCCUCUUGCACAACACCUGGAACUACCUGCGACUCCCUUCAGUGUCCGAUUGGCGGCGGUGGCGGCGAAGACCCUCAAGAGGAAGAAGUUCAUGAGGACGAGACGAACGAAAUCUGCAUACCAGUCAAUCUACCAGAGGAUCCCGAACCCAGCGUACCGGAUGACCCAGGUUCGUCAGGUGGUGGAUCUGGUGGCGGAUCUGGCGGAGGAUUUGGUGAUCAGCCCGCCCCGACACCUGAACAGUCUCCCGAUACCUCAAAAAAUUCCGUAACGUGCUAUAACAAUGGUCAAGCUGCGUCUAGAGGCAACCUGGUCUUUUCCGCCGAACAAUUCUGUCAACAGUACGAAGGAUUCGUCUUCAAAAGCGGUGAUUACAACGCUGUAGAGCUCAACUUCGGCUGGGACGAGCAACAUAAAGCUGGACUAAACGUGUUGGUCUAUAUGGAAACAAAGGCGAACUGCAGAUGGGAACUGAACAGGGACGAGUGCAACAAGCAGCUCCUACAAAUCAUUGACGGCUGCGAUCAAAACACAACCGCGGACAAGCAAGGUGGCGUUUUAACGAAUAACUGCCUUUCCUGGCGCAUCGAUCCGGAAAUCAACAAAGAUAUCGCGCCGCCAUCGCCACCACCUCAGUCACAGCCACAACCGCAGCCAGACCCCGAUCCACCAAGACCUAGCGUGCCUGAGACCAAGGAGGGUCGUAAACCAAGGUUCGAUAUCUACGCGUCUUCAACAACCAGACCAAAUGGUAUUUCCUGGUGGAACGCGCGAUACGGUCAACACGGCGUUGCCUACUACGAAGAUUACAACACAUGUAGUGUGGCCUUUGGAUGGAAGAGCGGGGAUGUCAUCAACAAUGCCUCCAUGCCGAACUCGAUCAAGGGCAUCACGAAAGUCUUCAGUGACACAUGCGAUUACGUUUCUUCUGUCGUCCACGAAGAUGCCGAGGAUGGGGAUCAGGUCGGAGAGUUGAAGUGUAGCAAGUACGCCUCGGCGACUUGUAGAAGAGCAGAUGAGAUUACUACGUGUGGUCAGACGAAUUAUCUCCUUCGUGUUACGUGUACUUGGGAUUAG